UUCUCCGCCAAGUGCUGAAGUGCCGAACGCUCCUUUCAAAGAGAGAGAAAAACAAAAGGAGACCUCUGCCGACACCGGUCGCCGCGUCGGAACUGGCGCGUCGCCGGGCAGGAACGCCUCCGUCUGUGGUGACUGGGGCGUGCGUCCAUUAGCUCAGGAACCUGGCCUCCCACAUGGAUCCCCCUCCUCCGCAGCCGCCGCCGCCGCACCCUUGUAAUCCGUACGGUGCGGGUCACGGCGGCGGAGAGAUGCCGUACCAGGAUGCGGACCACCGGCUCCGCGCGCUCGCGGGCCGCGCCGAGGGGUUCGGCCGCCACGCCAUCGGCGGCCUGCACGGGGCCGUCUACCACGUCACGUCCCUCCAAGACGACGGCCGCGGGAGCCUGAGGGAGGCGUGCCGCGCGGCGGAGCCCCUGUGGAUCGUCUUCGAGGUGUCCGGCACCAUCCACCUCCAGUCCUACCUCCGCGUCGCCUCCCACAAGACCAUCGACGGCCGCGGCCAGCGCGUGGUGCUCACCGGCAAGGGGCUCCAGCUCAAGAGCUGCCACCACGUCAUCGUCUGCAACCUGAUGUUCGAGGGAGGCCGAGGACAUGACGUAGACGGCAUCCAGAUCAAGCCCGGCUCCACCAACAUCUGGAUCGACCGCUGCACGCUCGCCGACUACGACGACGGUCUCAUCGACAUCACGCGACAGAGUACAGACAUCACGGUCUCAAGAUGCCACUUUGCGCGGCACGACAAGACGAUGCUCAUCGGAGCCGACCCCACGCACAUCGGCGACCGCUGCAUCAGGGUCACCAUCCACCACUGCUUCUUCGACGGCACGCGGCAGAGGCACCCGCGCCUACGCUUCGGCAAGGUCCACCUCUACAACAACUACACACGCAACUGGGGCAUCUACGCUGUCUGUGCGAGCGUCGAGGCUCAGGUCGUGUCCCAAUGCAACAUCUACGAGGCAGGCGGAGGCCCCCCAAAGAAGACGACGGUGUUCAAGUACAUGCCGGAGAAGGCCGGCGACCGAGAGGAUGUGGUGGCCGGAUUGGUCAGGUCGGAAGGGGACGCCUUCCUCAACGGCGCGUUGCCCUGCCUGAUCGGUGGCCCUGCACCUGGAGCACAAGAAGCUGUCUUCAGGCCAGAGCAUUACUACCCGCGUUGGACCAUGGAGCCAGCGUCGCCGGCGCUCAAGGACACCAUCCAACUCUGCGCCGGAUGGCAGCCAGUGCCAAGGCCCCCUGACGAGUGCUAGACUUCGUUAUUCUGUUACUCCACGGCUUGCUUCUGCCAAGGAAGUAUUCAGUUCUCAGUAUUGCACUGCAUUUGUAUGUAACUAUGUAUUCCAUCCCUAGGAAAUUUAACUUUUGUCACUUGAGUCUCCUUCCUCUCACUCCUCCUCUUCCUUCACACGUGGCCCUCACUGAGAUGUAGACAUAUUGAUGUUUUCCUAUGCGUAUGUUCAUUUGUGGUACAAUUAUCAACAUACAGAAAUUUCUCCCA